AGACUCCAGCCCCUCCCUGGGCAGCCUGUUCAGAGCUGGGUCACUGCCCAGGGAAGUUCUUCCUCCUGUCCAGCUGGAGCUUCCUGGGCAUCGGUUCCUGCCCGUUCCUCUUGUGCCAUUGCUGGGCCCCCCCAGCAGAGCCUGGGCCAUCCUCUGCCCCCUCCCUGCAGCCCCUGACACACCCUGGGGAGGGCCCCUCUCAGUGUGUGCUCUGGAGGCUGAACAGCCCCAGCUCCCUCAGCCUUUGCUGGGCAGGGAGAUGCUCCAGUGCCCUCCUCAUCCUCCCAGCCUGCGCUGGAGCCGCUGCAGGAGCUCCCUGUGCCUGCUGUGCUGAGGAGCCAGAGCUGGGCCCAGCCCUGCAGAUGUGCCUGCCCAGGGCUGAGCAGAGGGGCAGGGCUCAUCCUUCCAUCCCCCACACCCCUGGCCGUGCCCCCACGCCUCUCUCUUCUCCUGCAGCGCGGUGCCCCUGGCCCACGUGGUGCUGGAGGGUCGCAGGGACCGGCUGCCCCUGGUGCUGCUCCACGGGCUCUUCGGCAGCCACGGCAACUUCCAGACGGUGGCCAAGACGCUGGUGCGGCGUGGGAGCGGCAAGGCAGGUGCUGACAGUGGAUGCCCGGAACCACGGCGGGAGCCCCCACAGCCCCGAGAUGACCUACGAGGCCAUGAGCCUGGACGUGCAGCACCUCCUGAGCCGCCUGGGCAUUGCCAAGUGCAUCCUGCUGGGACAUAGCAUGGGUGGCAAGACUGCCAUGACGUUGGCCUUGCAGCGGCCAGACCUGGUGGAGCGCCUCAUUGCUGUGGACAUUGGUCCCGGCUCGACCGCCCCCGUGUCCGAAUUCUCUGGCUACAUCUCUGCCAUGAAGGCAGUGAAGGUCCCAGCUGGCCUGUCCCGCUCUGCAGCCCGACAGCUGGCUGAUGACCAGCUGCAGCCUGUGGUCAAGCUUCCACAGCUCAGACAGUUCCUCCUCACCAACCUAGUGGAGGCUGAGGGCCGCUAUGUGUGGAGGGUGAACCUGGAGGCUAUUUCCCAGCACCUGGCAGAUAUCAUGAACUUCCCUGUCUUCCACAAGCCAUAUCCUGGCCCCACGCUCUUCCUGGGAGGGUCUGAGUCGCCCUAUAUCAGCUCCAGAGACUACCCGGAGAUCCAGCGCCUCUUCCCCAAGGCAGAGAUCCAGUACAUCAAAGGUGCAGGGCACAUAGUCCAUCAGGAUAAAUUCGAAGAAUUCAUCACUGCUGUCCUCAAUUUCCUGCCACAGGUGUAGCCAUGGGGACCAGGAUUUCUGCAAGGACCGUGUGGGUCCUGAGGAGCUCUGGCGUUGGGCACAGGGUUUAGGGCUCUGUGAGGAGGGGCUGAGCCAGGACUGGCUGCUCUUGUUGCAGUCUGAUCCUGCCUGCAAGGCUCUCCCAUCCUGGUUGUCCUGCAGCCAGAGUGGAGAGGGAGCUCCAUCCCGCUGAGCUCUCCUGCCACCUUGCAGGGACACAGGGUGGCAGCAGCCCAGGACACUGUCCUGCCUGCACUGGAGUGUUGGGCACUCGAAGGGGGCAGGAGAGCCCUCUCAUUUUCCUGCUGCCAGACCAAUCCGUGGAUCUGGCUGUGACUUUGCAGAACGUGCAAUAAAGCUGAAUUGGUGCCAAGGCA